CAAAGGGGACACCACAUCACCCCACCCUCCAUCCCCUCUCCGCUGACUCCACUUUCUCUCUCCUCCCAUCCCAUUUCUUUCUCCUGCCCAAAACACAAAAGGGCUCCUUUUCUUUUUUCCCUCCUACUGAACACACACACACACAUGUGUUAUAUUCUUCCCAAAAAAAAAUUUAUAGACAUAUUACUCUUUUAUAUUUCUUCACUUUAGGUAAUAUUUCUCAUUGCAGUUUUUUGUGCCCUGUGUUUUUUGGUAUUGAAACCUCUCCAUCUCAAGCUUUGGGAACUUUUUGUUCAAGGAUUCAAUUGGGCGAAUUUGCUCUCUUUUUCUCCUUCGCUUGACCUUUCAGGAAAAGGGUUGUGUAAUUUGAAGCAUUAGAAUAGUUUUUUUUAGCACUGGAGAUUUGGGUUGUGUUAUACGAAUUCCGGGUUUUUGCUAAAAAGCCUAAUUUUUCAUGAUUGAAUGUUGUUGGAGAAUACAAAGUUAGCUGAAUUAUGAGACUGAAUUAUUGGGUUAUGAAGAUAAGAAUGCCCCAGUUUGAUUUGAAUUGAAGGGUUGAUUGCAUGUUUUGUUCUGAUCCGAGUGUUUGGUUAGGGUUAGAAAGGAAGGGUCUUGGUUUGGGAAAUUAGGGCUGGUAAGGGAGAAUAUGGAGGGUGAGGACAAAAGGGUUGGCCUCAAAAAGAGGUCUAAAGGGGUUGAGAUUAAUGUGGAUUCAGAUGAUGACGAGCCAAUCGGGUCGUUGUUCAAGUUGAAAAGCAAGAGAAACCCUAAGAAGGUUAAGUCUGGAUCGGAUGGUGAGAAGGUUAAGGAGGUAGGGGUUAAGGGGGAGAUAGUUGAGGUUAUAAAUGUGGAUUUAGGGGGAAUGGAGGAUACCUUAGCAAGCUUUAGGAAGAAGUUGAAGGUUCCCAAGAAAGAUAGUGGUCUCGGGAACUUAGUGAAGAGGGACUUUGUAUCAAAACUGGCUGAAUUGUCAGAUGAAUGUCUUAAUGGGUCACACAAAAAUGAGGGUCUGGUAACUAAGUUGGUCCAGAAUGCAGAGGAUGAAGUUGGUGAUGUGGCUUCAGAUUCGGAUAUUAGUCAAAACUCAGAAGAGAAGCAAAAUGAAAGAAUUAAGAGGUCCAAGUCUGCUUUAGUUAAAAAGACUCCUAGAGUAUUUGUUGAAGCAUAUGAUGUUGAGAUGUUAGAUGGUAACUCAUCGGAUCACCAGGUCAAGAGAUGGGAAGGAAUGUUUAGUUCUGGAAACAAACAUAAGAAGAAGGAUACGAGGCCCAAGUCUUCUUCAGCUGCAAGGAGUCAAAAGGCUUUUAUUGCAACAGAUGAUAGUGAGGUACCAGAUGAUUAUGAAUUAGGUGAUAACGUAGAGGGGAAGGAAGGUCCAUCUACUAGCACUUCACAUGACAUUUUGACAGAUUCUCUCUCUUCAUUUUUAAGGAAGGCACAGUCUGGUGUACGCAAGAAAAUGCGUGCUGGAUCCGGUUCAAAGUCUAGAAAAGGAGUGGAGCCUGUAGAGGAAGAUCAAUCUCCAAGCUCGGAUGGUAUUCUUCUAGAUUCUCAAUCUACACUUGAAAGAAAUUCUCUUUUGGAUGCAAAGUUUAGAAGUAAUAAUCAGAAAGAAAUUUGUGUGUCUGGUAGUGGUCAACUCAGCCCUAUUGCUCCCCACUGUGAAACAGCUAUCGACCAGGGUUUGGAUGAUCCAUUUGGUGAAGGGUCUGGCAAUGUACCAAUCAAGGAUCAUGUAAAUACUGAUGGCAUGAUUAUAGAUACUAGUACUUCAGUUGGUGAUGAUAGAUACGGUGACACUUGCAAACCUGUGUUCGACCAUUCAUUUCCAGUUUCCCAGUUACUUGCUUGUUCCGCAAAGAAAAGAACAGAACUAAAUAAUGGUGAAUCUUGUGAGAAGGCUGAAAUGAACCAGGAGCAGCCCCUGAUUGUUUUAUCAGAUAAAGUAUGUGAAAAAGAUACAAUAAAGUUUCCUGUUGCAAAAGCUUAUAAGCAUUUUACUUCUGGUUCUCAAGAUGCUCAACUCCAGAAUGGAGUUGGGAUUUGUGCACCCUUAAAUGGUAGCAGCAUUGCAGAUGAUAUUCACUGUUCUACCUCUGAAUCAGACUUUGUGGAAGAAUUAUGUGAACCGAGUAAGCGCGAAUCUACUGAUAGAUGUGAUGAAGACUUUAUUCAGCAUGGUAUGAACACUUUAAGAGUUGAUUCAUUGAGUGCUGAUCAGCAUUAUGGAGGUGAUGCUCCCAUGGAAGCUGAUAUCAAUGAAGGAGCCAAUGGAAUGUCCUCUCCGCCCAUCACACUCGGGGAGAAUGGCCCUUAUCAAGAUGUAGGAUGCUUUCCUGAGUCAAACAACCAGUGUAAUUCUGUGCCGAAUGACCGUGCUGUCCGUAGAGCUAAAAAGCGCAAAGAUGGGGACAUGGCUUAUGAGGGUGAUGUUGAUUGGGAUGUUGUGAUGCAUGAGCAAAGUUCUCUUGACUCUUAUAAUCCUGUAAAUAGGGACCAGGGUGCUCAGUCAAAAGACAGAUUUGACUCCUCUUCAAAUGUGGAUCCUGAUUUUGAGGUUGGCGGAGCUGCUGCUGUGUCAGUUGGUCUAAAUGCCCGUGCAGCUGGUCUUUUAGAAGAGAUUAAAUUCAAGGAGGGUUUUAAACGCAAAGGUGGUUUGCAAGAAUAUUUGGAAUGCAGAAACAAGAUUUUAAGUCUUUGGAACAAGGAUGUCACUCGUGUUCUACCUCUUACUGAUUGUGGCGUUGCUGCAACUCCAGCUGAUGAUGAACCUGCUCGUGCUUCCUUGAUGAGGGAUAUCUACUUAUUUCUUGACCAAAGUGGGUAUAUUAAUGCUGGAAUUGCUGUUAACAAAGAGAAGGCAGAAGCCAGUGCUAGAGGGAACUAUAAACUGCUAGGAGAAAAGAAGUUUGAGGGGUGUAGUGGUGCUUCUGUUGCUGACUCAGCAGAUGGAGUUUCCUUUAUCCUUGGUCAGGUCAAAAGCCUUGAUGCACUCCCGAAAGCAGAAGAUAUUGCUGCUUUAAUUGAUGAAAUUCCUCGAGAAGAAGCUGUGAAAGAUGGUGCUGAAAGAGUACUUGACCCAUCUCCUGAUAAGCAGCUUGAUGAACGCCAAGGUGUAGGGGAACUUAAUGGGCAAGAUGCUGAUGUGAAAAUAUCUAGAGAAGUUGUAGAAUUGGACCUCUCUACUACUCAUAUACUUGGGAAGAGUCUUGAUGAUGCUGCAUGUCCUCAUCUGUCAAUGACGCAUAAUGCAUGUGACUUUGAAAGUCAGAAAAGGAUCAUAAUAGUGGGAGCUGGCCCUGCAGGUUUAACUGCAGCACGCCAUUUGCAAAGGCAAGGUUUUUCCGUCACCGUGCUUGAGGCGAGGAGUAGGAUAGGUGGUCGGGUUUAUACAGAUCGCUCAUCACUUUCAGUUCCCGUGGAUCUUGGGGCAAGCAUUAUUACAGGGGUUGAGGCUGAUGUGGCUAGUGAAAGGCGACCGGAUCCUUCAUCCUUGAUUUGUGCUCAGCUGGGUCUUGAGUUGACAAUACUCAAUAGUGAUUGUCCACUUUAUGAUAUCGUUACUGGUCAAAAGGUCCCUCCUGAUGUUGAUGAAGCUUUAGAAGCAGAGUUCAAUAGUCUUCUUGAUGAUAUGGUUUUUGUUGUUGCACAAAAAGGGGAAAAUGCUACAAGAAUGUCUCUUGAAGAUGGUUUAGAGUAUGGCCUUAAAAGACGGAAUAAAGUCCUCUCUAGAACAGGCAGUGGAAAAUGUGAAUUAUUGCAACCGUUGACCGGCACUCUCAACAACAAAAAGGGUUCUGAGGGCUUCCAUCUUGCAGAAUAUAGUGAUGGUAGGGAUGAAACACUCAGCCCCCUGGAGAGGCGAGUUAUGGAUUGGCAUUUUGCUCACUUGGAGUAUGGCUGUGCAGCAUUGCUGAAGGAAGUAUCUCUUCCUCAUUGGAACCAGGAUGAUGUUUAUGGAGGAUUUGGAGGCGCUCAUUGUAUGAUUAAAGGAGGUUAUGGUGCUGUUGUGGAUUCUAUAGCUCAAGGACUUUCCAUCCAUUUGAAUGAGGUGGUGGCUGACAUUUCUUAUGAUGUAAUGGGCUCAUUAGGAGCUGAUAAUUGCUCAUCCAAGGUAAAAGUAUCCACACAUAGUGGCAAUGAUUUUUACGGAGAUGCUGUUUUGAUCACUGUGCCACUCGGGUGCUUAAAGGCGGAAUCUAUCAAGUUCUCUCCACCAUUACCACACUGGAAACAUUCAGCCAUCCAGCGACUGGGUUUUGGUGUUCUCAAUAAAGUAGUCCUGGAAUUCCCCGAAGUUUUUUGGGAUGAUACUGUGGAUUACUUUGGAGCUACAGCUGAGCAUUCUGACCUAAGAGGUCGCUGCUUUAUGUUCUGGAACAUCAAGAAAACAGUUGGAGCUCCUGUUCUCAUAGCAUUGGUAGUUGGUAAAGCAGCUAAAGAUGGACAAGGUCUAAUCCCCUCUGAUCAUGUAAAUCAUGCUUUGAGGGUUCUACGCAAACUUUUUGGAGACAAUGCUGUUCCUGAUCCAGUCGCAUCAGUAGUGACGGACUGGGGAAGAGAUCCUUUUAGUUAUGGUGCAUACUCCUAUGUUGCUGUUGGAGCUUCUGGGGAGGACUAUGACAUAAUAGGUAGACCAGUUGAGAACUGCUUGUUUUUUGCUGGUGAAGCUACCUGCAAAGAGCAUCCAGACACAGUAGGUGGUGCAAUGAUGAGUGGGCUACGAGAGGCAGUUCGUAUUAUUGACAUAUUGACCACUGGUAAUGAUUACACAGCAGAAGCAGAAGCUAUUGAAGCUGCACAGAGACAAUCAAACAGCCAGAGGAAUGAAGUUAAGGACAUUGCAAGAAGGCUUGAAGCAAUUGAUCUCUCCCAAAUCCGCUAUAAGAGUCCAUCAGAUAGAUCCCAGUUUUUUAUUAGAGAAAGUUUACUACAGGAUAUGUUCUUUGGUGCUAAAACGUCAGCUGGACGAUUGCGUCUGGCUAAAGAGUUAGUAGGUCUUCCUGUUGAAUCUCUGAAGUCUGUUGCUGGGACGAAAGAAGGGCUCAGUGUACUCAACUCGUGGAUAUUGGAUUCCAUGGGAAAGAAUGGAACUCAGCUCUUGCGUCUCUGUGUCCGUUUACUUGUUCUGGUCUCCAGAAACUUGGUAGCUGUCCGGCUGUCAGGUAUUGGAAAAACUGUCAAAGAGAAAGUUUGUGUUCAUACUAGCCGUGACAUACGCAGCAUAGCAAGCCAGUUGGUUAACAUGUGGAUUGAGGUUUUCCGCAAGGAGAAGGCUACUAAUGGUGGCUUGAAGUUAUUGAGACACAUGUCAAGUGCAGAUUCUUCAAAAGUGAAAGGGAAAGAUCCAGGUUCCAGAAGACCUCCUAUACAUGUACAGCAUUGUGCAGUUGGAAAUAAGGUUAAUUCAAGCUCAAAGAAGCUGGCUGUAAAGCACGUGAAGGCGGAAACUUUAAUUGGCUCAAAAACAGACGGUCGAUCAUCAGCAUCACAAGUUUCGAAUGCUGCACCGGAUAGUAAGUUAGAAGUGGCUGAGAACAUACCAUUGUCUGAAGAAGAGCAGGCUGCUCUUGCUGCUGCAGAGGCUGCCCGUGCUGCUGCUGCCGCUGCUGCUCAGGCCUAUGCAUCAUGCGAAGCUAGGAUGAACACAAUGCAACUACCGAAGGUACCAUCUUUCCAGAAGUUUGCCAGGCGAGAGCAAUAUUCACAAAUGGAUGAGUCUGAGCGAAGAAGGUGGUCUGGUGGUGUUUUGGGAAGGCAAGACUGUUUAUCAGAAAUAGACUCUAGAAACUGUAGAGUUAGAGAUUGGUCUGUUGACUUCUCUGCUACAUGUGCCAAUCUUGACAAUACAAGAAUUUCUACUGAUAACCUUUCACAGCGAAGCCAUUCAAAUGAUAUGGCUUGUCAAUUGAACAUGGGAGAGCAUUCUGGUGAAAGUGCAGCUGGUGACAGCACUGCGUUUACUAAAGCUUGGGUUGAUUCUUCUGGUAGUGAUGGGAUAAAGGAUUACCAUGCCAUUGAGAGAUGGCAGUGCCAAGCUGCAGCUGCUGAGUAUGAAUUUCAAUCUUCUAUACAUAUUGGGGAUGAGGAAGAUUCUAGCACAAUGUCAAGACCCCUCACAGGGAAGCCCGAGGGGCCAGUGAACGACAGUGCUGUUUCACAGUUGACAGUAAACAAGGAGUUGGCUGUUAACCAACACAAAGGAACUGAGCAUAUUAAGCAAGGUGUUGUGGAUUAUGUAGCCUCACUGCUAAUGCCUCUAUACAAAGCGAGGAAGAUAGAUAAAGAUGGUUAUAAGUCGAUCAUGAAAAAGAGUGCAACUAAGGUCAUGGAGCAGACAACAGAUGCAGAGAAAGCGAUGGCUGUUUGCGAGUUUCUUGAUUAUAAGCGCAAGAACAAGAUUCGCGCUUUUGUUGACAAGUUGAUUGAAAGACACAUGUCAAUGAAGCCUGUAUUGAAGCCUUGAUGACGUGCAGUAUUAAGCUAUACAUACAAGCCAUCAUAGCACUUGCUGUGACUGCGAUGCUGGACAGUGGACUUCAGAGACCGUGGUUGGCGAUAUUUUGAUAUUCGCCGCAGACAAGCUGCUCAUAGUGUUCCGUCAAUGUAAAGGGAACAGAUAGGAGAAUUUCUGAAUGUUGAACCUGCGUGGAUUCACUCAGCUUUUCUGGGAUAUCUGAAGUUGUUCAGAGGAAUAUGCGGAGAUAUUGCCUAAACUUUGUUUAGGCCUCUGCUGAUGAUGCGAAGCAAGUCUUGAUAUAUCAUUCUUAUUUGCCAAAGGGAUCGGUUCAUUUUGAAGAAAACAUGGUUUUGAAUGCAUUCUUUCUUCUGCAUCGAAUUGUACUCAGGGUGAAAAAGAACGCCCAAUAUUUUUUUUCGUUUUCUGCACAGGGAUUAUCCAUAGAUGAAAAGCUCAGUUUUGUCUUCUUAACAUUGUACAGAUUAGGAUUGCUUCAAUUAGAAUACAACAUCUUUUCUUCUCUC